AUGAAAGAAUCGCUAAGCAGACAGAAGUCCUAUGCAGAUAAGAGGAGAAGGCCUUUGGAAUUUGAUGCAGGGGAUCAUGUGUUCCUUAGAGUCACGCCGACUGCUGGCAUUGGAAGGGCUAUCAAAUCAAGGAAGUUGACUUUGAGAUUUGUUGGGCCAUAUCAGAUCUUGAGAAGGAUUGACACCGUAGCGUAUCUCUCACAUGUGCUGGAGUCUGAUGACAUACAGAUUAGGGAGGACUUGAUAGUGAACACAGGACCUAUCAUAAUACUAGACUCUCAAGUGAAGAAGCUACGAGGGAAGGAGAUCAGAACAGUGAAAGUGCUUUGGGAUGAGGCCACUUAG